AUGGCCAAACGCACACUCUCCACCAAAAUCAUCACCAUCAUCUUCCUUUCUCUAUCAACAUUCAUCGCCAUCGCUUUCAUUGGUAACCACAUCUUUCACUCUUCCUCUCACCUAUCAGUCACUUCCAAUUGGCUCAUUGAUAUCCCUAACAGCACCACCAGAACACAACACAAAACUCCCCAGAGAUUUCUUUCUGCUACGUUCGCGGAUUUACCCGCUCCUCAAUGGAAUUGGGAGCAAAUGGAUUCCGCUCCUGUCCCUCGUUUAGAUGGUUACGCUAUUCAGAUUCAUAAUCUUUUUUAUGUCUUUUCAGGAUACGCCAAUCUUGAUCAUGUGCACUCUCAUGUUGAUGUGUUUGAUUUCAGGACCAAUAAGUGGGUAGAUAAGUUUGAUACACCAAAAGAAAUGGCUCAUUCACAUUUGGGAGUUGCAACUGAUGGGAGGUUUAUAUAUAUAGUCUCUGGACAGUAUGGCCCACAGUGCAGAGGAUCUAUUUCCACCGUCUUUGUCUUAGAUACCAAAACAAAGAAAUGGGAUCAUUUGCCUCCAUUGCCGUUCCCAAGGUAUGCUCCUGCAACUCAAUUGUGGAGGGGAAGACUCCAUGUCAUGGGUGGUGGCAAGGAGAAUCGCCAUACACCUGCCUUGGAUCAUUGGAGUCUGGCGGUAAAGGAUGGGAAAGCUUUGGAGAAACAAUGGCGGACUGAAAUUCCUAUUCCACGUGGUGGACCGCAUAGGGCUUGCAUUGUGGUCAAUGAUCGCCUUUAUGUUAUCGGUGGACAAGAGGGUGAUUUCAUGCCUAAACCAGGUUCACCAAUAUUCAAGUGUUCACGCAGACAUGAGGUGGUCUAUGGAGAUGUUUAUAUGCUGGAUGAUGAAAUGAAAUGGAAAGUUUUGCCACCUAUGCCAAAGCCAGACUCCCAUAUAGAGUGUGCAUGGGUAAUUGUCAACAAUUCAAUCAUUAUUACCGGAGGUACAACAGAAAAGCACCCAGUUACGAAAAGGAUGAUGCUGAUUGGAGAGGUCUUCCAAUUUAACUUAGACUCUAUGAAAUGGUCAGUGAUAGGAAAACUUCCAUACCGAGUGAAAACAACAUUAGCUGGAUUUUGGGAUGGAUGGCUAUACUUUACAUCAGGACAGAGGGACAGAGGACCGGAUAAUCCACAACCCAGAAAGGUUGUUGGAGAAACAUGGAGAACGAAAUUAAGUUUGUCGUAG